UUUGUGAACGUUGUGCUGUGCGGUGAUCUCGCGUGUAAUGUCAAGGACAGCAACACCAACACCGCAUAUGAAAAAGCUUGAAGACGUCAAAGACCCGGAUGGUCAACAUACUCAACACGAUGUGCCUCCUUUUUUACAACAGCAGCCGAUUACGACACCUGCACCGCUUCGUCUGAUCAACGUGAAUCCGUUAGUUUUGGUUUUCGACGGCGCUCCAAAUGCUCAAUGCCAAAAAUCCUUGAAUAUUACAAAUGCCUCUAACGAUCGGAUUGCUUGGCGAGUACUCUCGAACGCCCCCACUCGCUAUGUCGUCUCGCCAAACAAAGGAUUUCUCUUCAAACAGGAGCGAAUUGCUGUGCAAGUGACUCUUCUCAAUGGAGCGAAAUAUCAUCGCCGUCAUGCUUUUGUCGUUCAAGUAAAACCAGCAAGAAUGGAAGAGAAUAACCGAAAAUUGACUUGGACAGAUAUGUCUGCGGCAGAAGCAAAACUCGUCCAAAAUACCAAGAUCGGAACCAUGCGCCCAACACCAGGUUUGGUCAAGAUCUGUUCUUAGCUACGGCUCUUUUUGCAGUGAAGCACCCGUACACAACCGUAAUC